GAACGCAACAGUUGCGUUUAGAGGAGCCCAAAACAAAGAAGUAUUAACAAACGCGGAUGCGUUCACCUGGCAACAGUGCGAGGCAAAUAAUUGAUCCCUAGGGCCCAGUUUUCACACUUUGAUCUGCUUAGUGAUAAUGCUACUUAGAUGCUGAAAGGCUCAAAAGGGACUAUGGAAACGAUUAAGACUGAGCCUGUGGAUUUUGUGAAGGAAUUUCAAGAAUAUCUGACACAGCAAACCCAGCAUGUCAACAUGAUCUCGGGCUCUGUUGGUGGAGAAAAGGACCACGGGGAGCCGUUUCUAGCCGUUGCCCCCAGGAGUGAGCAGAAUGGUCUGGACCCUGCGUCUUUGGAGGUAAGCAUGCCAAUAGAGGAUGGUCCAGAUGUGCAGAUGGACGGCCUGGAGAGGACCUGCGAUGGAAAGUACAAGUGCAGCUACUGCAGCUACGCCAACAAGGGCAUGUCUCGUUUGAUAGAGCACAUCCGCAUCCACACAGGAGAAAAGCCUCAUCGUUGCCAGCUGUGCCCAUUUGCUUCAGCGUACGAGCGCCACUUGGAGGCCCACAUGCGCUCACACACAGGAGAGAAACCGUACAAAUGUGACAUCUGCUCCUUCCGCUGCAGUGACCGCAGCAACCUGUCGCACCACCGCCGCCGCCGCCACAAGCUCCUGCCCAACAGGGCCGUCCGCUCUUCUUUCUCCAACAAAAGAAUAUUGAGCUCCCUGCAGAAGAGGACCGGCUCGUUGGGCUUCAACAGGCGACUGCUUAUUAACUACAACCCUCCCUCCACUGGGAUGCCAAAGUCGGAUUGUCUAAAUGACUUGUCUUACAAGAUCCAGCAUCAUAUGCAUAGUGGUGAUCCUAAGAACUAUCCCAUGGUAAAUGAGAAUGACAGUUGCAAAAGAGAUGCUAAUGGUUUGACUUUUAAUAACCCACUGGACCAGCUGUCUACACUUGCUGGUCAGUUAGCCAACCUCCAUCCCGAGUCUCAGACCCCUGCAUCCCCAGACAGGGAGUCAUUCAAGGACGAGAAGCCCAUUCUCAUACAACAAGUCUCUAGUGAACGCGUAGUCAUGUGUUCAAAUGGAGUGCAGACUUUACCAGUUAAAAAUGAAUCUCCCACCUCAAGCCACAGGAGUUGCAGUCCAGCUCCCGGCCUCGGCUUUGAGAACCGAUUGAACACUGUUACUGCGAGUGUCAGCAACAGCGGGACGAGCACACCCACCCCGGCUCCGACCACAGCCGACCAACAACUCUUAAAUAAAUGCCAACACUGUGAUAUUCAAUUUCUGGAUAACAUCCUCUACACCAUUCACAUGGGCUGUCAUGGCUACGAACACCCAUUCCAGUGCAACAUAUGCGGUCACAUGUGCAUAGACAAAUACAAUUUUGCAUGCCAUUUUGCCCGUGGACAACAUAAAAAGUGAUUACGUAGAUGCAUAUUUCAGCAUAUUAGUUGCACAGCAUCUUAGCAUGUUGACCCUGAUUUUAUAUUUAAUCAUUUUGUUUUGUACAAUUACCCUUUUUAUUCAUAAUGUGACGUGGCAUAAUUGCCAUUUUAAAUGUUUUAUUAACUUCAGAGUGAUACAUACAAACGGUGGACAAAGUGACUCACUUAUAUUGAAUCCUUCCUUCUAGGCUAAUGUAGAUUUUUGUGUUAAGAGACAUGAUCCUGAGACAUUAUUGGGUCCAUGAGACAGUUGGUUAAAACGCUAACGGUAUUUUAACACCACACAUUAUGAACUUUACCAGAUCAGUAUUUAUCUUGGGACUGUUUAACUGUUACAUUUUUUUUCUCCAUCAUCUGUACACACCCUGUAAUUGAACACCAGUUCCAAGUUUUAGUCUCAGUCAAAUUGGCUGAACACAUUUCGCUGAGAGAGAUUUAAUUGAGAUGUUUAAAAGCAGGUGCAUUUUUUGGUAUACCUUUUUCUGUUGAAAGGUUUGUCUUCAGCCAAACUUAUUAUAAUCUUGCAGUUCUGAUAUGUAUUUAUGUCACUCCAUAAAAUAAUUUUACAUUUACAAACCAAGUAGUUUUGUAGUACCUGUAGAGGGAGGCAGUGUAAAGAGCCUUGCAACUCAAAAGAUGUAGUGUAAAAUAAUGUUAAUUAAAUAGGUAAGCUUG